AUUUGACAAAAUGAAAAAAAAAAAAACCGUGACGAAAAAAUUGCGAGCAUGACCUUUCAAACACGCGCCGUCUGUAUCUCUUUAGCUUUAGCUGAAUUUACUCUUAUCAUGGUAAAUUCAACAAAUUUGGCAUUAACCGAAAAACAUUUCAAUGCGUUUAGAAACUGAAGUAUCGCAAGAUGGAUCUGUGCUCUGUUGUGAAUACUUUAUUAAUUACAUCGUCAAUUUCCCCACGAAUAGAUUGGGAUUCAAAUAAUUCGGCAAUUUUGUGCGCUUUUAGUGGAAAUGAUCUAACUAAUUCUCUAACAAAGUCGACAGAUUGUGGACCUCUUUGUGUGUCGACUCCAGAUUGCACACACUACACUUGGACCGAUUUUAACAGCGGAACUUGCUGGAUGAAAAGGAAUAAAGUGUCGAAAACAGAUGCAAUAUUCAAACAUGAUCAAAAUGCUGUGUGCGGAAUUGUUGAUAACUCUGAUAUCCGGAUUCAAUGGGAUAAUAAGAAUUCAGCGCUCCGGUGUGCUUUUAGUGGAAAUGAUCUAACAAAUGCUUUAACGAAACGAGAAGAUUGUCAUCUUCUUUGCGCAUUUACUCCUGACUGUACACACUACACUUGGACUGAUUUUAAUAGUGGAACGUGUUGGAUGAAAAGGAAUGUCGUAUCUAAAAGUGAAGCAAUUGUUAAACUAGACCAAAAUGCAAUUUGUGGAGUGAUUUCGUCAGGAACAAUUUCUAAUUUAGAGUCAAAGUUUAUCGCUCAAGACUUAUCAGAAUCGACUACCGAUUUCGAGUCUUCAUUUUGGAUAUCUGAUCCAUCAAUUAACUCAACAAUUGAAAGGGAUGUUUCACAAAGCGGUCGGUCUACACGUUAUUGGGAUUGCUGCAAGCCGUCAUGCUCCUGGAAUGGAAAGGCUUCCGUUACCAGUCCCGUUAAUUCAUGUAAUCGAGACGGCUUUAACGUAAUUGACAAAAAUACACGAAAUGGAUGUGAGAAUGGUGGAAAUGCAUUCACGUGCAACAAUAAUAUUCCAUGGGCAAUAAACGAUAACUUGGCGUAUGGUUUCGCAGCGGCAAAUAUUAAAGGUCAAUCGGAAGCUGAUUGGUGUUGUCAAUGUUACGAACUAACAUUUACUUCCGGUCCAGUGAAUGGGAAAAAAAUGAUUGUACAAGUCACAAACACUGGUGGAGAUUUAGGAGAAAAUCAUUUUGACUUGCAAAUGCCAGGUGGUGGAGUUGGCAUUUUUAAUGGAUGCUCAUCGCAAUGGGGUGCUCCAGAUGGUGGAUGGGGUGAUCGAUACGGAGGAGUUCACAGUUUACAAGAAUGUGAUCAACUGCCGUCACAGAUUAGACAAGGGUGUAAGUGGCGUUUUGAAUGGUUCAAAGGGGCUGAUAAUCCAAGUUUCAAUUUUAAUGCGGUUGCAUGUCCUAACGAACUUACUUCCAAGACAGGUUGUGCAAGACGGUGAAUGUAAUUAAUAAACGGAAAAACAAAGGACAAAUGCUGCCCGUAUCAUGGGAACAUUUGAAAUUUUUUAUAUUUUAUCAAACGACGUUUAAUUUUAAUU